UUUUUUCUUUUCACUCUUUUCAAUUGCAUUAUUGUCCUUUUAGUUCUCAUUCUCGGAUUUUGACCCCUCUGCAUCUCCCUCUCUCUCGCUAGUCUUCAGCUGCGCCUCCGAUGUCUCUCCAGUCUUGCCUAAGUCGCCGUCUCGUCUCCUUUCUCCCUCGAUCUCGCAGGUCGCGCCCUUGCCUUGCUUGAUCGGCCUUCAAUCAGCCCACUAGCUAGAUCCUGUCUCAAGUCUCAUUUGCGACGUGUGAUGGCUCCAGCCACUAACACCUCAGGAAUGGAGUUUGAGGUAUUCCUGAGUUUCAGGGGACCAGAUACUCGAGAUAACUUUACUAGUUGCCUCUAUUAUGACAUGGUGGAGAAAGGAAUCCGUGUCUUCAAAGACGAUAAAGAGCUCUCAGUCGGUCAAAAGAUUGAGGGAGGGCUUUUGCGAGCCCUUAACGACUCUCAAAUCUAUAUCCCUAUCUUCUCCAAGGGCUUCGCUUCCAGUCCAUGGUGUCUUCGUGAGGUUGCGCAUAUGGUAGAUUGCACUUCAAAAUCAGAUGGGAAAAAGGAGAUCCUCCCUAUCUUCAUUGACGUGGAGAUAGAUGAUGUAAAACUUAAAACCAAAUUGUACAGAGCUGCCCUCUCCGAGCAUGAGAAGAAGUACGACUCACAUGAAGUAAAACGCUGGGGAGAUGCUCUCGUUGAGGUUCCGACAAGAGUAGGUUGGAAGCUUGAAGGAAAAGGGUAUGGUGAACUUAUAAAACUAAUUGUUCGAGAGGUUUUGCUUAAGCUGAAGGGGAAGAAUAGAACUCUUCCUGACAAUCUAGUUGAAAUGAAUGAUCUAGAAUAUAUAGAGGAACUGCUGGAUAUUAACUCUGAUGACCAUGUACGUUUCAUUAUAAUCCAUGGAACGGGUGGUAUUGGCAAGUCAACUCUUGCUAGUGUUAUCUUCAACCAAUUCCGGUCUAAAUUUGAUUGUUAUAGUUUCCUUGAAGAUGUCCAAAGUCAUCGUCUUUUAGACAUGCAAAAGAAACUACUGUCUGAAACAUUGGGCUCGAACUCUACUGAAGAAAUGUAUGACACCAACGACGGGAUUGAUCGCAUAAGAAGAGGACUUGGCAAAGCAAAAGUUCUGGUUGUUGUCGACAAUGUGGAUGAGAAGAAGCAACUUGAGAACCUGGCAGGAAGCUAUGAUUGGUUUGGGAGCGGAAGUAGGAUCAUUGUCACACUUAGGGACAUAAGGAUAAUACGAAAUAAAGACAACCAAAGGCAACCUAGCUUUUACAUGGAUUACUCAAUAAAGGAGAUGCCCUUUGAUUUAGCGAUUCAGCUUUUUAGUAAGCAUGCCUUUAGAAGCGAUACUCCUCCAGAAGAUUGCUACAAAUUCUCAGAAAAAGUCGUUUCAAGCAUAGGAAGGCUUCCUUUGACUUUGGAAGUCAUGGGUUCUCUUUUCGCCUCCACGGCCAGAUCGGAAUGGGAGGAGACAUUGGAGGACUCAAAGCAAGCCCCGUGUACAGACGUUCGACAAACAUUGAUGAUAAGUAUCAACAAAUUGGACGAUAUAGAAAAAGCCAUAUUCCUAGACAUAGCAUGUUUUUGCAUCGGGGAGAAAAAGACUUAUGCAGACUACAUGUGGCGUAAUAGUGGCUAUUCCUCACGCGGCGUGAUUGAUGUUCUUCUGCUCAUGUCAUUGAUAAAGAUCGAUGAGGACAAUAGAUUUUGGAUGCAUGAUGAAGUUCGAGAUCUAGGAAGGUACAUCGUCAAAAAAGACAAUGUUGAAGAUGCUGGAAAGCGCAUUUGGGUGUUGAUUGAUGAGAAUACUUUAGACAUACUGAGAAGCAAUGAGGAAAAACAAGUUGUACGAGCACUCAGUAUAGGUAUUAGUCAUGACUUAACACCUGCAGAAUUAUCCCGUCUGCCACAGCUAAGGUUCCUUGGAGGGCGGAGAAUGAAUUUCGUAGGCAACUUCAAUAAUAUUCUUCGUAAUCUGAGAUGGCUGUCUUGGCAUCAUUGCCCAUUCAAUCUUUCAGCCGUGAAUCUUCACCUGGUGAAUUUGGUCGUGCUUGACCUUUCGAGAAGCAACAUCACCCACAAUUGGGGUGGAUGGAGGCAAAUCAAGAAGGCGAAAAAGUUGAAAGUUCUAGAUUUAACGGGAUGCGAGAGGUUAACCAAGACACCCAGUUUUUCCAAGUUUGGCAAGUUGGAGAAAUUGAUUCUCGCUUGGUGUGUGAGAUUGGCUACGAUUGACGGGUCAAUCAAUAAGCUAAGACAGCUAAGGACUUUAGAUAUCAAGGGGUGCCAUUCCCUUCAAGGGUUGCCCAUGGAAAUCGGUUCACUAGAAUGCUUAUCGGAGAUUAUUGUGCCCCAGACUACCAGGUCAUCCUUAUCCAAACUGUUCAAGCUUCCUGAGACACUGGGCAGUCUAAAAUCUUUGAUGAGGUUUCAAACUUUGAGUAACUAUAGUAUCCACCAACUUCCUUACUCGAUUGGAAAGUUAACGAAUCUUAUGUGUUUGUGGUUGACUGAUUGCUAUAAUCUAACAGAGCUUCCAGACUCUAUUGGGGAAUUAGAAUCAUUGAUUGAGUUAAAUAUAAGUAAUUCAAACAUCAAUGUUCUCCCUGAUUCCAUUGGAAAUCUAAAGAGACUAAAAGUCUUAAACGUGGCAUCCACAGAGAUACACACGAUACCUUGUGCACUCGGAAGGGUGGAGACACUCGAAGAGCUCAAUGCCUCGUAUUGUUGGCGCCUCAAGGAUGAAAUCCCAUGGGAAAUGUGGAGCCUAAACCGUCUGAGGAUCCUGGACUUGAAUGGGAGCCCAAUCUCUACUGUGCCGAGAAAGAUCGGUGAUUUCUUCAGUCUCCAGACACUUAAAAUUUCAGGUCGCCGGCUUCUCCCUUUGCCAAAGCUUCCCUCGAGCUUGAAAUGUCUAGUGGUUGAAGAUGCUGAUAUCCCUGUUCUUCCUCCUGACCUCUCGAGCCUAGUUCAUUUAGAUCAUCUCGAAGUGAGCAAAGAUUUUAUACGUAUUGACUACGGGAGUGAAAAAGAAGGGUUUUUCUCUGAAGCGAACAAGAUUAUCUCGCUUUGGAAGGACGCGCAGUCCAUCCAUCGGCUUCCACGUGGCUUAUCAACCUUGAAACUUAGCUGCAUCCCGCAAUUGCCUGAUUUUUUUGGCUUCAAAAGCUUGUCAGUUCUCCAAAUCAGUAACUAUCAGAUGCCACACUUGCCCAUACUUAAAUACUUGGAGAGCUUAAGGGAAUUGAAGAUAUCUUGGUGCGAAUUCAUCGACCGCACACCCGAUCUAUCAUGCUUGAAGAGGCUACAAACAUUAUAUCUCCAUCGUUUAACCAAACUGGCAGAGAUUCCAGGUUUGGGGGAAGUGGAAUCUCUGAAGUCUCUAAAAAUUAGUUUUUGUUAUGCAAUUAAAAAAUUGCCUAACCUGUCGAAGUUGAAAAAUCUAAAGCAUCGCUCUAUUCGGUUUUGUCCAAAGUUAAGAGCCGUCGAAGGCUUGAAAGAGUAG